AUGCCGCCGAAGCGCACACCCGUGAAUAAUAUGGAAGGUGGUGGUAGCAAUUCCGCCGCCGCCAGCAACGACGACGCAGUGGAAGAGUUCGACGCGCUGGUGCACAUGCGUGGCUCAGCAAAGGCGAAGCUGACACGCGUCAAGCACAUGAUGGAUCAAAUCGUAGAGGAGGAGAUCACGCUGCCGCAGGUCAAGGUGCACCAGAAGAAAGUGGAAGCUGCCUACAAGGAGUUUUCGGACUACCAUGAACGCAUCAUGGCGGUCUGCCCACCGAGAAAGAGACAGGAUCAAGACUGUAAGUACGUUGAAUUUGAAACAUUGUACGACGACAUUUCCCUCGCUCUCGAAACAUGGAUCGAGAUGCUGAGUCAAACGAAUCGUAACCAACAACCGAUUGUGGUUCAACCGUCGCUUCCUCGUGCCAUUCCGCAUUUCGAUGGCAAAUACGAGCAGUGGGAAAAAUUCAAAGUCAUGUUUAGGGACGUGGUCGACAGAUCGAAUGAUCCGCCACGAAUUAAGCUCUACCAUUUGGAAAAGGCUCUAAUUGGGGACGCAGCUGGCAUAAUUGAUGCAAAAACCAUCGCUGAUGGCAAUUAUGACCAUGCAUGGGAAAUUUUAGCAGAAAGGUUUGAAGACAAGCGACGAAUGGUUGAUCAUCACAUCUCUGGGCUACUCAACAUGAGAAAAAUGUCACAAGAAAGCCACUCUGAGUUGAGAGAGUUGGUCGAUUCAUGUGUUGGUCAUGUCGAAAAUUUGAAACAUUUGGGUCUAGAUUUUACUGGGGUAUCAGAUACAAUCGUAACGCACAUCUUAUCCAAUGCGUUGGACGAUGAGACAAAGAAAUUGUGGGAAUCCUCGGUCGCCCAUGGGGAAUUGCCUGAAUACGAGGAAACUGUCAAAUUUCUGAAAGGUCGCAUUUCCGUACUCGAACGUUGUCAAAAGUCCACUAGUGAUAGCAAGGUUAAACAAUCCACGCGUGGUGUAGUCAAGGGGCACGUGUCCAGCAAGCGGUCGUCGAACGUGAAGGUGAACGUGGUGUCAUCAGGCAGCUGUGAGUUCUGUGCAGGAGAUCAUCUGGCGUUUAAGUGCUCUACGUUCAACGGAUUAUCAGCGGAAGACCGAUUGAAGAUGGUGCGUGAUAAACAGGUGUGCUUCAAUUGCUUGCGACGUGGUCACCGAAGCGGAGAAUGCAAAUCGAGCAAGACGUGUUCGAAGUGUAAGCGGAAGCAUCAUACGCUGCUCCAUACAGAAGGUGGUUCAGUGCAAAAUUCAAGUUCCAGCAAUUCCAGUGUGACAGAUCAGCAGCAGGUUUCAAAGCAAGCGGCGCAGCCAGACAACGCAAAUGUUCCGGGUAGCAGUACACCUAACACCGUGGCUUCGAAUGUGGUCGAGAAGCCAAUUUCGCAAGUGCUGUUGCUGACUGCAAUGGUCAACGUUUUGGACAAACAUGGAAAACCGCAAUCAUGUCGCGCUCUUUUGGAUAGUGGGUCCCAGGUCAACUUCAUCUCGGAGGCGAUGUUGGAAAAGCUGCAAGUGGAUCGAGAAGAAAUCGACAUUCCCAUCACCGGAAUCAACAGCGUCAGAUCCAGCGUUCGACAACGUGCGAGGGUGGAGGUUUGUUCGAAGCAGAAUGGUUUCAAGAUGGAGUUAGAUUGCUUGGUCUCGCCGAAGGUAACAGGAAAUCUGCCGACCUUCAAGGUUGACGCAGCUACAUGGAACAUUCCCGCUGGAAUCCAGUUAGCAGACCCUACGUUCUUCCGUCCAGGACAAGUGGAUUUGCUGAUUGGAAUGGAAUGGUACGACGAUAUACUCAAGGCCGGUCGUCUGAAGCUAUCAGAAGAUCUGCCUACGCUCCGAGAUUCGCAAUUUGGCUGGUUGGUUGGUGGAAAAUAUGCUAGUGCUUUUUGUGGAACAAUUGUGAACUCUAAUGUGGCAACACCAUCAAGUGACUCUUUAAACGAACUGCAACAGUUUUGGGAAGUGGAAAGUGUUUCCAGUGAGAAGUGCGUGAUGACUGAAGCUGAACAGUGUGAGCAGCAUUUCCAGUCUACAGUUCGUCGAAAUGAAGAUGGUCGAUACGUAGUGCAGUUUCCACUUCGGGAAUCAAUCAGCCAGCUUGGAGAUUCGAGACCAAUGGCGCUGAGGAGAUUCUACGCACUGGAGGCAAAAUUGCAGAAGAACCCGGACAUUAAGAAGCAGUACGACGAAUUCGUGGAUGAAUACGAGCAGCUUGGACAUUGCAAGGAAGUGCAUGAAGCGGAAGAUCCUGCUGGUUUGCAGAGAUGGUAUCUACCGCACCACGCGGUACUCAAGCCGUCGAAUACGACUACCAAGUGUCGCGUCGUGUUUGAUGCAUCGGCAAAGGUUGGUGGAAUGGCAUUGAACGACGUGAUGAUGCUUCAAACUGUGACGUACGGUACAGCUGCAGCACCAUUUCUGGCCAUUCGUGCGUUGUAUCAACUGGCAAUCGACGAGGAAGCAGAAUAUCCUUUGGCAGCGGAGUUGGUGGAGAAGAUGUUCUACGUGGACAACAUACUUUUUGGUGGAAAGAGUUUGGUAGAAGUGAGAGGCUUCCAACGAGAGUUGAUUUCGCUACUGCAACGCGGAGGUUUUCAUCUACACAAGUGGGCUGCAAACGAUGAAGAACUCCUGGCCUCUAUACCUGAGGAGGAUCGAGAUAAACUGGUGAAGAUUGAAGACUCUAGUGCCAAUGAGGUAAUUAAGACCCUUGGGCUUAUGUGGGAUCCGGUCGGAGAUGAUUUUCUUUUCCGGGCACAAUCUGACUGCAACAAUCCAGCACCGACAAAACGGCAAGUUCUGUCAGUUAUAGCAAGGCUUUUCGAUCCCCUCGGCCUGUUGUCACCAGUAAUCGUUCUCGCAAAGGUUUUGAUGCAGAAGCUGUGGAAGAACAAGAUGGAUUGGGACGAUCGGCUGGAUGAAGAACUACUCGACGACUGGAGAUAUUUUUUGAACGCGCUGCUACUUGCAGAGGACUUCCGAGUUCCUCGGCGGGUAAUUUCGGAGGAAGCGGCAAGGAUUGAAAUCCAUGGAUUUGCAGACGCGUCAAAUACAGCCUACGGAGCAUGUGUGUACCUUCGGUCGGUACAUUCCGAUGGUACUGCGAGUUCGAGCUUAGUUACAAGCAAGUCAAAAGUCUGUUCCAUAACGCCUAUGUCCAUCCCGCGCAAGGAGCUGAUGGCAGCUCUACUCCUGCAUCGAUUGGUUAAGAAAGUGGUUGACGCAAUGGAAUUGGAACACGUUCCGGUUACUCUCUGGUCCGACAGCCAGGUGGUCAUUGCGUGGCUAAACAAGCCGUUGGACUGCCUGCAAGUCUUCGUGAGGAAUCGUGUAGCCGAGAUUACAAGCGAAAGUGAACAUGUUUGGAAGUACGUUCGCUCUGCAGACAACCCAGCAGAUAUUGUAUCGCGAGGCAUGCCAGCGAAAGCGCUCGCGACUAGCAACCUAUGGUGGAAUGGACCGUUUUUUCUGUGCAGUGCAGCUUAUGACGAAGUGGUUCCUGCAGCUCUGGAAGAUGGAGAGAUUCCUGAACUGAAGCCGGCAGUAUCUGUCAACGUAGCAACUGUAUACGAGGAGCUUCCGAUAUUGACAAAGUUUGAGUCAUUUCGGAAGACACAAAGGAUUAUCGCCUACGUUUUAAGGUUCAUCAACAACUGCCGUAAGAUUGGUGAACGAAGCACUGCAACGACGCCCACGAUUUCUGAACUGAAGGAGGCAAACAAGCGGAUCAUUUAA